AUGCCGACAGCAACGUACGCCGCACUUAUUCACGCAGACCUGGAUGUGCUCUGGGGUUUACUGCUUGACAAGCUCCAGAGUGACGAACAGUUUAUGCCCGGACUUGAGCGGGCUGAAAUUGUACCUCUUUCAGUUGCUGAGGAUCCCACAGGUGUUGCUAGGUUUCGACAACAGCACGAUCGACGUCUGUACUUUUCAGAUGGUCGCCUCGUUGAGGAGCGCGUCACAAUCGACGAGGAGCGGAAAAAUAUUCUCCUCGAGCUACGAAAUGACGCACGUUAUACCGGCUACGUGUCGACAGUGCUUUUGCCGUGUCCUUUUCCGGAAGCGACCUCCGGUGCCCAUGUUCUAGUCCGAACGAUGGACUGGCGGGCAAAACGCAGCCUCACCGAUGACGAGAUUGAGGAGGGCGAGCUUCUUGCCACCAAAAUCAGAGAGUCGACUCUUCGCCUGAAACACGAAGUGGAAUCGUUGCGCUGGAGUCUCGAUGACUCCAAAGAUCCCGAUGAUGAAUAA